AUGGCUCUGACCCUGGGGCUGCUGCUGGCCCUGCUGGGCUGUGCCACAGCACCGGAUCCUGCCCUGGAGGAGGCCUGGCAAGGGUGGAAGAGUCUCCAUGCCAAGGAAUAUCCGGGGGAGGCUGAGCCCCUCCGCAGGGAGAUCUGGGAGCAGAACCUGCGCCACAUCCAGCAGCACAACCGGGAGGAGUCGCAGGGGAAGCACAGCUACCGCCUGGCCAUGAACCACUUCGGGGACCUGACGAACCAGGAGUUCAAUGAGCUCAUGAACGGCUACAUCCCAGCACCGAGGGAGGAGCCAGCUCCGCUAUUCCAAACCUCGGCAGCCCCGAAAGCCCCGAUGAAGGUGGACUGGAGGGCCAAGGGCUACGUGACACCCGUAAAAUCCCAGGGGGACUGCGGGUCCUGCUGGGCGUUCAGUGCCACGGGGGCCCUGGAGGGGCUCAUGUUCAGGCGGACGGGGAAGUUGGUGGCGCUGAGCGAGCAGAACCUCAUCGACUGCACCCAGAAGCUGGGCAACAAGGGCUGCAGGGGGGGCUACGUGCAGCGGGCCUUCCAGUACGUGCGUGACAACGGCGGCCUCAGCUCCGAGAGUGCCUACCCCUACACGGGCACGGACAACUCCGGCUGCCGAUACAACCCCUGGUACAAGGCCGCCACCUGCUCCGGCUUCAGGACGGUGCCCCGGGGCAAUGAGGCGGCCCUGACGCAGGCGGUGGCAGCCGUGGGCCCGCUGUCGGUGGCAGUGGAUGCCAGCAGCCACAAUUUCCAAUUCUAUAGCUCAGGCAUCUUCACUUGCCCGUAUGGCCAGCAGCAGCUGAACCACGCCAUGCUGCUCGUGGGCUACAACAGUGCCCAGAUACGCAACUGCAGCGUGAGCUACUGGAUCCUAAAGAACAGCUGGUCGCAGGGCUGGGGUGAGAGGGGCUACAUGUUCCUGCUGAAGGACGCCGGCAACCAGUGCGGGGUGGCCAGUGAUGUCAGCUACCCGCUAGCCUGAGCCAGGACAGCUCUCCCUGAGCCAGGACAGCUCUCCCUCCUUCCCACCCUGCCUGCGAACCCACAGCUGUUUCCUUCUGGAAAAGGGCUUUUGCUCCUCUGCAGCAAGAAGCAAUUAAAAGUGCCUUGGUUAACUGGGUGGUGCAACCAGGUCCUUGUGAGGCAACCCUGGCACCAGGGACGGCUUGGGUUGGAUGGGAAUUGAAGCCCAUCUUCUUCCUGGACACUUUCCAGGUUGCUCCAAGCCCCCUCCAACGUGGAUUCUCCCUCUCACCACGCUCAGCGUUCUCCAGGCCUUCCCUCCCAGCCCGGCCAU